AUGCCGGUGACGCCCCGAUCGACCAAGCAGAGCGGCCUGGCGUCUCUCGCGUGCACCGAGUGUCGCAAGCACCACCUGAAAUGUGACGCGCACAAGCCCUCGUGCUCGCGGUGUCUGCAGAACGGCGAAUUCUGCCAAUAUCUGCCCUCGCGCCGCGGGGGUCGCAGGAAAGCCCGUGAAUCGAGUCGCCGGCCUCCUUCCUCCAGCCAUCCUGAUCCGGUGAAUGUCAGUAUGCCUCCUGCCUCUACCCUGUUGACUGGACCAAGGCCAACCGAAUACCAGUCCAUCCUGAUCCCGCCGGUCGCCCGCCCCGACCAGCCCAAUACUCCCGACAGCACCUCGCCGCACCGGGUGCCCGACAGCGCCAGCAUCCCUGCAGGCCAGGUGCCAUGGCCAGUCAUUGCCCCCCGAAAUGAGCUGAAUCAACAGCGUCUGGCGUCAUCGAUGGAUCCUUGGUUCCACGACGAUCGUUUUCUUCGCUUGUUCUACGAGAAUUUCCAUGUCGCCCAUCCGAUCAUCGUCCCCCAUGAUGCUUACCAGGACCGGCAGUACCCCGAAUUCCUGCAACUCGUGGUGAACUUUGUCGGCUCCCACUAUGUCCCAUCAAGUCCAAACCAACAGUACAGGGACAAGGUCAUCGCCGAGCUGACCUGCAACCCAGCCCGCUCCCCCUGCAUGGUGCAGGCGUGGCUGAUCUAUGCGAUCGCGAUUUACGCCCGCGGCGAGUGGCAAGAGGCGCAGAAUGCCUUUUCGCACAGUGUUGAGCUGGCGCUGGAAUUGGGGAUGAACCGCCGCGAAUUCGCGACGUCGGUUCAGCCUGAGAGCUCGAUCGAAGCUGAAAGCAUGCGACGGACUUGGUGGGAGCUGUACAUCACAGAUAUCUUGCUGGCUGCGCCGUUCAAAGGAACCACUUUUCUUUGCAGCACAAUGGCGCCCGAGGUCGGGUUACCCUGUGAGGAAUCGGCAUAUACGGGCACCGGCGAGAUCCCGGCACCUCGCAAGAUCCUCGAUUUCAAACGGAGAAUCUUUGCGCCCGAAGAGACCGUCUUUUCAUCAUUUAGUUAUCGCAUCGAAGCAACAACUAUCCUUUGCCGUGCCCUAGUUUUGAACAAGCUUCGAGACUACCAUCGUGAUCAUCUCCAAGCCGUGGAAAAUGCGCUCGUGAGCUGGGUCAACCACUUGCCCCCCAAGAAGCUGGACAUUGUCGAUUCAUAUGGGAACAUCGACGAGAUGAUGUUUCAGGCCCAUAUCACCAUUGCAUAUGCAACCAUGCUACUUCACCUUCCUCGAAGUGAUCUCCAACCUGUUCUGUCACAGGCCGAUGAUCACUUCUGGCCGGUUGCGACGCGCAGUCUGGCAUCCACCCUCAAUCGACCAAUUCACAGCAUCAAAGCGACCGACGCCUCGCGACGCAUCUCGGAUGCUAUCUCACUCUGCCCUAACAUCAUCAAACACACCCCUUUUGUCAUCCCGGCUUUGGCACUCUGUGGAAUGACCCAACUCGCGACUGCUAUCAAGCACACUCAAGAGUGCUUUGACCACCACUACAACCGGGUCACUCUCAUUCUUGGAUGCCUCAAAAGCACCAAACGGAUCUGGAAUCUUGCGGAUACUGCCUACAACCACCUACGUAUCUCCGCAGCGGACGGGUUGUCGGACUCCAUGGAGCGAUGGAGCACCGAGCCACUCAGAAAGUUUUUCCCGACGGAUCUGACACCAAGUAGUACAGAGCGCAGCCAGCAGCCAACGCGGCCAUCAUCGGCAAUUUCGGAGGGUCAAGAUAUGCUGUUUCCACCGAUUGUCCCUGCUUUCGUGGAUCCGACCUGCUACAACGAUUCGUUCUUCACGUCCAUUCCGGAUUUCGAUAUCACCUAG